GAAUGCUAGCUAGCGAAUUGUACCUCUGCAUGAUAUACUGAUUGCAACAAAGUAUACUAUGUUCAUACUUGAUAGUGCUGGAGUGUCUAGGAAUGGUGGAAGUUGUGUGACCGGUUUCCUUGAAGGGAGGGAGACACGACGUCACCUUCUUUCUCACUUUGGUUGACCCUUGUACCACCGCCUGCCUGGUUGGGCACGAAAUGUCGGGUUUUUUCCGUAUUAUUUCGUCUGGAUUUAGUAUGGCUGGGAAAAUCCGACCGGCUCAUUCCUUAUUCCUGGCCUUCUUCUCUCAUCAUCUACUUACUAUUCAUCCAUCGCGCCCUCCUGCCUCUCCAGGGAUCGUGUGUGGUUGGACUAAAUUUUAUAAUUGCCCAGGUGAGUUAUAUGUUCCUGCAUCUUCCCCUCAUCCUAUUGAUUGGAGGUUUCCCGAAUCUGAACCGUUUUCCCGCCCUUCUCUCAGAUUCUGCGCUUGAUUCCCAAAAGCGCCCAACCCAGAUUGGCCUCUUGUCUUU